UCUGUGGCAAGAAUAAACUUCCGGUUGCUGACUGCAAUACCACCCGUGGAGAAAAUGGUAUGCGAGGGAAAGCGCUUAGCCUCUUGCCCUUGCUUCUUCCUCUUGACUGCCAAGUUCUACUGGAUCCUCACAAUGAUGCAAAGAACUCACAGCCAAGAGUAUGCCCAUUCCAUCCGGGUGGAUGGGGACAUCAUUUUGGGGGGUCUUUUCCCUGUUCAUGCCAAGGGAGAAAGAGGGGUGCCUUGUGGGGAGCUGAAGAAGGAAAAGGGGAUCCACAGACUUGAGGCCAUGCUUUAUGCAAUCGACCAGAUUAACAAAGACCCUGAUCUCCUCUCCAAUAUCACUCUGGGGGUCCGGAUCCUUGACACGUGUUCCAGGGACACCUACGCUUUGGAGCAGUCACUGACCUUCGUGCAGGCACUGAUAGAGAAAGAUGCGUCUGACGUGAAGUGUGCUAAUGGAGAUCCGCCCAUAUUCACCAAGCCCGACAAGAUUUCUGGCGUCAUAGGUGCUGCAGCAAGCUCUGUGUCCAUCAUGGUGGCUAACAUUUUAAGACUAUUUAAGAUACCUCAGAUUAGCUAUGCAUCCACAGCCCCAGAGCUAAGUGACAACACCAGGUAUGAUUUCUUUUCUCGGGUGGUCCCGCCUGACUCCUACCAAGCCCAAGCCAUGGUGGACAUUGUGACGGCCCUGGGAUGGAAUUAUGUGUCAACACUGGCUUCCGAGGGGAACUAUGGAGAGAGUGGUGUUGAGGCCUUCACUCAGAUCUCAAGGGAGAUUGGUGGUGUUUGCAUUGCUCAAUCACAGAAAAUCCCACGUGAACCAAGACCUGGAGAAUUCGAAAAAAUUAUCAAACGCCUACUGGAGACACCUAACGCUCGCGCAGUGAUUAUGUUUGCCAACGAGGAUGACAUCAGGAGGAUAUUGGAAGCAGCAAAAAAAUUAAACCAGAGUGGGCAUUUUCUAUGGAUUGGCUCUGAUAGUUGGGGAUCCAAAAUAGCGCCUGUCUACCAGCAGGAGGAGAUCGCAGAAGGGGCGGUGACAAUUUUGCCUAAAAGAGCAUCAAUUGAUGGGUUUGAUCGAUACUUUAGAAGCCGAACUCUUGCUAAUAAUCGAAGAAAUGUGUGGUUUGCAGAAUUUUGGGAGGAGAAUUUUGGAUGCAAAUUAGGAUCACAUGGGAAGAGGAACAGUCACAUAAAGAAAUGCACAGGGCUGGAGCGAAUUGCACGGGAUUCAUCUUAUGAACAAGAAGGAAAGGUUCAAUUUGUAAUUGAUGCAGUGUAUUCCAUGGCUUAUGCACUGCAUAACAUGCACAAAGAGCUGUGCCCUGGAUACAUAGGUCUUUGCCCAAGAAUGGUCACCAUCGAUGGGAAAGAGCUACUGGGUUACAUCAGGGCCGUGAAUUUUAAUGGCAGUGCUGGUACACCUGUCACUUUUAAUGAAAAUGGAGAUGCUCCCGGACGCUACGAUAUCUUCCAGUAUCAGAUAAACAACAAAAGUACAGAGUACAAAAUCAUCGGGCACUGGACCAAUCAACUUCAUCUAAAAGUGGAAGAUAUGCAGUGGGCUAAUAGAGAGCACACGCACCCAGCAUCUGUGUGCAGCCUGCCGUGCAAGCCCGGGGAGAGGAAGAAAACUGUGAAAGGGGUCCCUUGCUGCUGGCACUGUGAACGUUGUGAGGGUUAUAACUACCAGGUGGAUGAACUGUCCUGUGAACUUUGCCCUUUGGAUCAGAGACCGAACAUCAACCGCACAGGCUGCCAGAGGAUCCCCAUCAUCAAGUUGGAGUGGCAUUCGCCCUGGGCCGUGGUACCUGUGUUCAUAGCAAUAUUGGGAAUCAUUGCUACCACCUUUGUGAUUGUGACCUUUGUCCGCUAUAAUGACACGCCUAUUGUGAGAGCUUCUGGGCGGGAACUUAGUUACGUGCUCCUAACGGGGAUUUUCCUCUGUUACUCCAUCACCUUUUUGAUGAUUGCGGCACCUGACACAAUCAUCUGCUCCUUCCGACGCAUCUUCUUGGGACUUGGUAUGUGUUUCAGCUAUGCAGCACUUUUGACCAAAACAAACCGGAUCCACCGAAUAUUCGAGCAAGGGAAGAAAUCUGUCACAGCACCUAAGUUUAUCAGCCCAGCAUCCCAACUGGUGAUCACCUUCAGCCUCAUCUCUGUCCAGCUCCUCGGAGUGUUUGUGUGGUUUGUCGUGGAUCCCCCCCACACCAUCAUUGACUAUGGAGAACAGCGAACACUGGAUCCCGAGAAUGCCAGGGGAGUGCUCAAGUGUGACAUUUCGGAUCUGUCACUCAUUUGUUCACUGGGAUACAGUAUCCUCCUGAUGGUCACCUGUACUGUUUAUGCCAUUAAAACCAGAGGGGUCCCAGAGACGUUCAAUGAAGCCAAACCUAUUGGAUUUACCAUGUACACCACGUGCAUCAUUUGGUUAGCUUUUAUCCCCAUCUUUUUUGGUACAGCCCAGUCAGCAGAAAAGAUGUACAUCCAGACAACAACACUUACUGUUUCCAUGAGUUUAAGUGCUUCAGUGUCUCUGGGAAUGCUCUAUAUGCCCAAAGUUUAUAUUAUAAUUUUUCAUCCAGAGCAGAAUGUUCAAAAACGCAAGAGAAGCUUCAAGGCUGUGGUCACAGCUGCUACCAUGCAAAGCAAACUGAUCCAAAAGGGAAAUGACAGACCAAAUGGCGAGGUGAAAAGUGAACUCUGUGAGAGUCUUGAAACCAACACGUCUUCUACCAAGACAACAUACAUCAGCUACAGUAAUCAUUCGAUCUGAACAGGGAGACGGCACCAUCGGAAGGAAGGUGCUGUAUGUUCUUAAAUAUUGAACAUGAGACUGCAAAAAAUGCACUCUGGGAGAUCUCCAUAGACUACAAUCAAUCAGAUCAAUAGUCUUGUAAGGAACAAAAAUUAGCCAUGAGCCAAAAGUAUCAAUAUUGAAGAGCAAAGAAGCCCAUUUUUAUACAAUACAACCAAUGAGUGUCAAGCUAAAGUGUUGCUUACUUGUGAGCAGUUUAAAAAAAAAAAUCUCAAACGGAAAACUAAUGUUAGCUUGUGAAAAAAAAAAUGCCGUUGAAAUAAACCAUGUCCGAUGUUAUUCUUGUAAGUAUGUUUCUGUGAUUGUGAGAACUCCUGUUCCUGCCCCACAAUGUUCAACUUGUAUAAGCCUUCGAGUCUGUUUCCUGUAAUGGCUGACUGGAUUGAAGCCCUGGGUUGUGCUACAAAAUAAAUGCAAUGGUUGACGCAUGCAAUUUUUAUACAAAUAAUUUAUUUCUAAUAAUAAAGGAAUGUUUUGCAAAUGUU